CCCCCUUUAGCUCGCCCAUGCCUAAAUUUGUCUGGGUGAUGGGAUCACGUUACGAAUCACGUGGUCAAAUCCGUGUCUAAGCAGAAACAGCCAAGAAAAGGCAAAGGAACUUUUUCAAUUCUGUCUGGGGACUAGACAAGAGCAUGAUGAGCGCGUUUCGGUUAGAUCUCAGCCCUCUGAAAGAGCCCCUGGGAUUUAUACGUGUCCUGGAAUGGAUAUUUGCUAUUUUUGCUUUUGCUACAACUGGGGGUUAUUCUGGCUCCACCAGUUUCAACAUCCAGUGCCAGUACAGUACCAGCAAAGAAAUAAAUGUGUCCUUCAGCUAUCCGUUUAGGCUCAAUACCCAGAGUUACAGUGUGCCAGACUGUGAAGUCAAUGGAACAGUUUCUAAAACCAAACAACUGACUGGAGAUUAUUCAUCUUCCGCUGAGUUCUUUGUAGCUAUUGGAGUUCUGGCUUUCCUGUACAGCACAGCUACUCUUGUGUUGUAUCUGGGUUACCAGCACAUCUACCGUGAAUCUCCUCGUGGCCCCAACAUUGAUCUACUGUUUACUGGGAUCUUUGCUUUUCUCUGGCUGGUGUGUUCAUCUGCAUGGGGAAAAGGCCUCACAGAUGUGAAAUUGUCAACCAGUCCAAAUACACUUGUGUCUCUAAAUGACAUGUGUAAGAUUACAGGAAACAAGUGCACUGCUGGGCACAUCCCCUUAAUGGGCCGCCUCAAUUCCUCAGUGAUCUUUGGAUUCCUCAACCUUAUCCUGUGGGGAGGCAAUUGCUGGUUUCUUUACAAGGAGACACCAUUACACAAUUCAGCCAAUCAGCAAGCGGGAGCAGGACAGUCAUAAUUAAACAGCAGGUCACAUCCACAUUCAUCACGCAAGUGUUGUUUCAGGCUUAAAGUGGUGCUAAAUAGCACCCGGUCGAUUGAUGUUAUGAAUCUACCUGACUUGACCUGUGUCACAAAUCCGCCAAAGGUCCUCGUCUAUAGAAUAUCUCCAUUAUAUUCAGAUAUGGUCAAAUUUAGAUGUGCAUUUUAGACACUACAGCAAAGCUGUAAACUAGAAAAGGUACAAGAGCACCUUAGCAAAUAAACUGUUUGUAUGAAGUAAAUUGUAUCAUUAAAAAGUUACAUUUCCUCUCUUUACUGCUACUGUCAUGUUUCUCAUAGUCUCUCGUAGCCAGACCUUCAGACUGAAUGUCUGGAAUUCAUGGCAGCUUUCUUUGGCCAAGACCCGCCCAUGAGGCCGUUUGACCAACAUGUCAAACAACCAAUCACAGUUCGUUUCGUUCAGCGUCACG